AUGGGUUCUUUACAAGAAAGAAUUACUUCUACGAAAAAAGGGUCCAUAACCUCGAUUCAAGCAGUUUAUGUACCUGCAGACGAUUUGACUGACCCCGCCCCUGCCACCACAUUUGCACAUUUAGAUGCGACUACCGUACUAUCAAGAGGAUUAGCUGCCAAAGGUAUCUAUCCAGCGGAAGAUCCUUUAAAUUCAAUGUCAACUAUGCUACAACCUCGAAUCGUUCGCGAGGACCAUUAUAAAACCGCGCAAAAGAUAAAGCAAACUUUACAAUGUUAUAAGGAGCUUCAGGACAUUAUAGCUAUCCUGGGGUUAGACGAAUUAUCCGAAAAGGAUCACUCAACCGUAGCAAGAGCAUGA